AACUACUGCUGUAUUCAGAUGCGGGCAGAGCAGUGGGUGGACGGAGGGCAGCCCUCCACGCGGCAGGGCAAACUGUCUUUCAAAUUAUACUUAAUCAUCUGAUAUUAGUUGUUAUGGGCCUUGCUGUACUCUCUAUCCUGCCAUAGAGUGUAUGUAAGUAAAUUACCAUAUCAUUGACACUUUCUUCUUCAGAUAAAAAACAAACAAACAAAAAAAGGAAUAGUUGUAGCAUAAUGUGUCCUGUCAAAAACGGAAGAGGCUACAGAUAGCAAGUGGACUGAACUGGGAGAGCUGGCAGCCAUGACCUUCACUUCUCAGACUCCCUCCAUUCAAAGACACUUUGUUAUUGGGAUUUGGACAGAUCCCGGCCGACUCCACCCCCGUGAUUGAAAUACUAUAUAAAGGCAGCAGCAGCGUGUCCACAGCCGUUUGAAAGCUUAUUGGUGCCUAAACAUGAAGGGACUGGGCUUGGUUCUACUUGUGCUUCUCCUGAUGUUUGUCGUCGGCGAGGGGAAUGAUCCAGAACCACAGUACUGGACUUGUGGGCAUAGAGGACUCUGCAGACGGUUCUGCUAUGCCCAGGAGUACAUGAUCGGUCAUCAUGGGUGCCCUCGACGAUACAGGUGCUGUGCCAUACGAUUUUAACACCUGCCAGUCUUCAUUUGGAGCCUGCAAGAAGCCACAGAGUGAUGUGUGCUAUUCCGAGGGCUUGAGUCUUGCUUUCAGUUCUCUAGAAUUCAGUGGGAUUUGAAAAUGAGCACUUUUGCUGUGAAUUUCUAUCUUGAACCAAGGCUCAUUAUCCCACGUUUCAAUAAACUAUCUCUUUGGUUGGAAUAUUGUGUGAUGUAUUCUGCAUCUCAUAUUUAAAAAAAAAACUCAUUUUCAAACAACUGAAAUUGAGUGUUACUAAUAAAGGUGUGCAAAUACAAACAA